CUAUGAAUAAUGCUUUACUGCCUUUAACAUAUUUCAUAAAUAUAUACUAUUAAUAUAUUGACAGGUGAAUGAAUGAGUGAGUGGAGUGCCAUUUAACAAUUCAACUUCCCCAUUCCCAGUAGGGGUUAUGUCACUCUCUGGCUCCUGGGAGUUAGUGAUACCGUCAUGUUUCUUUGUUAUUUUUAAAUUACUUUUUUUAUUUUAUUUACUUCAAAGUUUUUUAUUAACUUUAAAAAAUUUUUCUAUUCUUUUAUAAUUUAUUUUUAUUAUGCCCUCAAACAUCCUCCCAUCCAAGAUACCGUCAUAUUCCCAGGAUCCCUUCCUGUCGUUCUUUUUCUCUGCCCUUUGCUGGUUUUCUCCAUUAGAACUCUCUUCUUUGAACACAUCCACCUGCUUCUUUCCAGAACCUGAGCCUCAGAACUGAGUCUUAAGUGAGAACAGAGGCUCCGGGCAUGCUCGGUAACCAAAGCCAGGGUGUAAUUAACUGCUCUUGCCCUGACGCAGGGCCCUUACAGGUGGCAAGUAGCAGCGCUGCUGGGAAGAGACUUGCUCUGUCUUGUGCAGUUGAACAUCUGCUUUCUGAGGCCAAUCUAACCUCCUGGCAACCCAAGUUUAUAAAGUGGGGAUGUCUGCAUUUUCAAAACAAUAAAACUGAAGGAGUUAUUUUGGAAAAAUUAAAAUGCCUGGCAGGAGAUUCUCAGAGUUCAACCUAUAGACGAAUAUCAAGUGUUAAAUGCUGUGGUUAAGACAAAAAAGAGGACGGAGCCAGGGUAUGAAUAUAAAUGGUGCCCUACUUUGAACCUCAUUGGGCAGAUCAAAGAUUUUUAAAAGGUUUUCUGAAGUUGCCCAGCGCCUAGAAUUUCAAGGACCGCAUUCGCUGCCUCCUUCCUAAAGAGGGUGCGUUUGUGGGGAAGGUGAGUGCGCGCGCGCGGAGGGAGGGCCGGCCGCGGAGAGGGGCCAAGGCUCUUCGGAAUCAGCAGCCAGAAAGAGGCUCUGCGGGCGCCCGCGGGGCGGAGGGCCGCCGGGGCGAGGGCCGGAGGAGGGGUCCGAGACGCGCCAAGGGGCUGGUAGCUAGGCGACCUGAAUGUCUUCCAUACCUGAAGCCGCAGCCUGAAGAAGCUGAUAGCGGACCCCGAGCUCGUGCGCGCCUUGGCGGGAGCCCUGCGCCUCCCGGGGUCUCCCUGCUCCUUACUUGGACCUCGGGCACAAGGUAAGGAGGGGCGCGGGGUGCAGCAUUCGCCCUCGAGCUGCCUGGAGCCUCUGCGAGGGGCCAGUUCGGCCUCCCCGAGGCUGUCACCGCCUCCCCUUCUGCUCCUUCCCUUUCUCCGUCCCCAGGUCCCCUCCGCGCAGAGCUGAAGCCGCGGCGGGCGGCCCACGGGGGAUCAGACCCUCGGCCAUCCGCGUUUCCCGUCCGCCGGACCCCCGCCUCUUCUCCAAGCUCCACUCCCGACUUUCUUCUCCGCCCCCGGGAAGCUCCGGAAACCCGCACCCCCGGCUCUGAGGUCAGGGCUUGCAGGAGUAAUCCACCCUUUCCAGGGAUUGAGGAGACUGAAGAACGCUGAAGACAGGCUGAUGGGCUCAGCUGGUAGGCUCCACUAUCUCACCAUGACUGCUGAAAAUCCCACUCCUGGAGACCUGGCUCCGGCCCCCCUCAUCACUUGCAAACUCUGCCUGUGUGAGCAGUCUCUGGACAAGAUGACCACACUCCAGGAAUGCCAGUGCAUCUUUUGCACAGCUUGCCUGAAACAGUACAUGCAGCUGGCAAUCCGAGAAGGAUGUGGGUCUCCCAUCACUUGCCCUGACAUGGUGUGCCUAAACCACGGGACCCUGCAGGAAGCUGAGAUUGCCUGUUUGGUACCUGUGGACCAGUUUCAGCUUUAUCAGAGGUUAAAAUUUGAAAGAGAAGUUCAUCUGGACCCCUACCGAACAUGGUGUCCUGUUGCAGACUGUCAGACAGUGUGCCCUGUUGCAUCGAGUGACCCAGGACAGCCUGUGCUGGUGGAAUGCCCUUCUUGCCACCUGAAAUUCUGCUCGUGUUGCAAGGAUGCUUGGCAUGCAGAGGUCUCCUGUAGAGACAGUCAGCCUAUUGUCCUGCCAACAGAGCACCGAGCCCUCUUUGGGACAGAUGCAGAAGCCCCCAUUAAGCAGUGCCCAGUUUGCCGGGUUUAUAUCGAACGCAAUGAAGGCUGCGCUCAGAUGAUGUGCAAAAACUGCAAGCAUACGUUUUGCUGGUAUUGCCUCCAGAACUUGGAUAAUGACAUUUUCCUCAGACAUUAUGACAAAGGGCCAUGCAGGAAUAAACUUGGCCACUCAAGAGCAUCAGUGAUGUGGAACCGAACACAGGUGGUGGGGAUUCUCGUAGGCUUGGGCAUCAUUGCCUUGGUUACUUCACCCUUGUUACUCCUGGCCUCCCCAUGUAUAAUCUGUUGUGUCUGCAAGUCCUGUCGGGGCAAGAAGAAAAAGCAUGACCCAUCCACAACCUAAAGAUCUCUGUGUUCAUACGCCCCAGAUAUGUGAGUUACAUGAGAUGGCACAGUGAUAAAGCCCCAUUUAGUGACCUUGCCUCCUUCUCCUUGCCAACUUUGAAAGUGCCUCUGUGUCCAGACUUUGAACUUGCCUGCCAGCCUUCAGCAUCAGGAAAGGCCAAGUCCUGGGUGCGAGUGUUCCUGUGUAACAAGAACUGGGCUCAACGGUCCAGCUGUUUCUAUGGAGCUUUGGGGUUCCAUGAGAUGAAUGAACAUAUCAUUUUAUCAUCCAAAGGAUCUCACUGGACUGUUCAACUUCCAGCCAAAUUCAAGGAGCUUGCGGGAACAUUUGAUAUAACAAAUGUGUUGUCAUUGUUGGCAACAUACAAGAUAACCAAGAAGCUGGAGCCUGUUCUGUGUUGAUUUGACUACCAUGAGAAACACAGGGGAAACCUGAUGAGGAGAAGGUUAAGACUGCGUGAGGAGAAAUCCUCAUAGGAGCUAUAAAGCAGUCUGCUGAUCUCAGCAGUUGAUAUGGUGGUUGUGCCUCUGCUGGCUACUGGGUGUGCUGUCCCCACGUUCCCGCUGUGAUUUGGCAGAAACACAAUAGGUUUCUCCUUGUGUGAUCUCAGCUUCAAGCAGGUGAAACUGCUGUGCAGAGGGAGUUGCCCCUUCCCAGUAAAAGAGUUGCAGCCUGUUAAACAAUGUGGUCUAAUUUAGUUUCUCUCCCUUGGCAAAUGUAAGUUUUCUAAGUUGGCCAACUUGUCUCUUACAGCCAGUGGCUGUGGUCUACAAAAUUGUUUCAUAUAAAAUACGGAUAGAGUGGUAGAGUUUCAAAACUUUCGUCAUAGAUAUCUGGGACCUUUCUCAGGAUCUGUGUUCACACAGCCAAUAGAUUUGGAAUCAGGCCUAAGAGUACACAUGGAGGGUAAAUAUUAAAGUGCGUAUUAUGUACAUCUAGAAUCCAUGUGACUUGCAGCCUACCUGUAAUUUCUAUCCAUUGAGCAUGCAUGGAUAUACCCAAUAGUACACACAAAAUAAAUGUUUACUUAAGAGCCAUUCUAUCCUUUUGUGACUGAAAUGGUUUAUUGUAAAUCUGCCUAAAGAUUUUUUGCAUAUUAUAUAUGUGAAUUUUGGUUGUAAGUUCAUAACUUACCCAAGGGUAUAGACUCAUAACUCUUUUAAAACAGUGCUUAGUACAAUAUCCUGCCAUCUCUGUAAAAACACUAAUUGAUAACCGAGUCAUUUACAUGUUUUCAAACACAGAGUAGCUCUUUUCUCAGCAUAAUUAUUGUUCUUUCAGCAUCUGUUAGGACAGUCUGAAUACUUUCUGUUUCAAGGCACUGAUAAAACAGCAACAAAAACAUGUAAGAAAUAAAAUAGAAAUGCUUUAUAUAUUUUAGUUUAAAUUUAUGUAUCACCUCAUUGUGACUUAUUUUUUCCAUUAUACCAUUAGUCAGAUUUGAAAAACGAGGUUUUAAAAGGAUAAAACCUUUUCUCCAAUGACAGGAUUAUAUAAUUGCUAUUGGCAGUGUAGCCUGGUGCUUCAUGAGACCUAUGCUAAAUGUUACUGGAGAGUUCUUGAAGCCAGGGAUACCAUAUCAGGAACUAUUCAGGAUCUAUGAUAUUUUCUGAGGUAACUGGGUAAUAGAAUAUCAAAUUGCUGCUAUCUCGGACCUAUUGUUAAAGGAUGAUGCUUUGCCUAUGUAAUAGGAUAUAUCCUAAGUGGGGAUGUGUAUAUUUCAGGAACUUUAAUUCACAAGUAUAUAUUGAUAUCUGAUGUGUGUAUAGUACAUCUGUUGGUCAUGUACAUUUUAAUUUACACGUUGUGUAGAACAUAGAUGAGAACUCUGGGAAAACUUGGGAAUGGCAACCAACCAAAAUCAUUUUUAAUCAUUUAUUAGAAAUUUCUCAAUAUUGUGUCUUUUUCUUUUGAAACUCUAAACACUUCAGAAAAAAACACUAUCAGUGUAGUUCAUGUUAGUAUAAUUAUAGAUUUACAUAUAUUUGAAUAGUUAAUUUGCUUUGUUUCACACAUAGCCUACUGCCUCAUUAUAGGUAAAAGGCAUUUAUAACUGCUCAGGGGAUUACGAGAACUCAACUGAAACUGAAUUUUUGUAACAAGAAUGUUAAUAGUGGCAAAGUCCUCUGUCAGUAAACUCUUUAAGCUUGGUGCCUGAAAGAGUCUUUAAAUGGGGGCUGAUUUCAGGUAACCUAAAAGACUGUGUUAUCAGAGGAAGAGGUCCCAAAUUUGGAGUAAAGAUGGGAGAAAAUAUAUAUGUGCUAUUUCCUUGGCAAGUUGAAGGAAUUUGCCACCUUACAGAGUUUGUAUCACUGAAUUAGCUGCUUUUUUUUUUUUUUUUUUUUUUGGCCAGGGCUAUGGAGUGGGGGUUGUUUGUCAAACUGAUUUUCAAUAAUUGGAUUUAAUUUUUUUUAACAUUGAAAAGUGCCUGAAAAAUGGUAAAUUCUUAAAUGUGUGUGAGAUUGUCAGAAUCAACAAAACUAGGUUGGUUAAACAUAUCUCUGGUACAUCAAAGGGCAUGAUGCAAACCAGUCUAGAGACUGUUUAUAAAGGAGAGAUCUGGCAACUUUUUUUUUUGGACAGAGUCUCCCUUUGUCACCCAGGCCGGAGUGCAGUGGCAUGAUCAUGGUUCACUUCAACCCCUACCUCCUGGGCUCAAGUGUUCCUCUCACCUUAGCCUCCUGAGCAGCUGGGACUACAGGCACACACCACCACGCCUGGCUAAGUUUUGUAUUUUUUUGUAGAGAUGGGGUUUCUCUGUUUUGCCCAGUCUUGUCUCAAACUCCUGGGCUCAAGCGAUCCACCCACCUUGGGCUCCCAAAGUGUUGGGAUUACAGGUGUGUGUCACCGUGCCUGACAGCUGACAGUUUUAACUGACAACUUUGAUAACAGGGGCUGCUAUUUUUGUUUUAGAUAAUUGGCCAGUGACAGAGUUUACCCUUGCCUCCUUUCUUGGUCUGCCAGCUUUGUCCUUUCUGAGUGAUUCUCUUUCUGUAUUGAGAGGAAGUGUGGGUCUACAUAGGGAUGUUUGGAUGCUAUGGCAAGAAUCUUUUUAUGUUUGGAGUGUAGUCCAUUUGCAAUAGAAAUAAAAAAAUCCGUCACCAAAUUGUAACCUGGAUGUUAUAGCCCAGCAUCCAGAAAUCCUAUGGAGUGUAUUAGCACAAUAUCUUGCCAUUGUCCCAUCUAGGAAAUUUUUUCUUGUUGUGAGGUAGGGAAGUGAGGAGGAAAGCCAUGCCGAAGCAAAUGUUAGAAUCUUAGGCAUCCUGUUUGUUCAUGCCACGGGUAUUUGCUUUGGACUUGGAGUCUGUACUUUGAAAGAGGCCUUUGAAAAACAAAUAAUUCUGUGUGAACUUUCUUGUAGCGUGCUUCAUGAAAAUAUCUACUUAUCCAGGUUUGCAAAUGUACAUGUUCAUUUGAAUGUAAAUCACCAUUUCUUGGAACCCCACGUUUUUUCUUAAAAAUUAUUCUGAAUUAAAUGUGUAUUUCUUUAGCCUUCCCUACACAGUACUUAUAAAAGACUUUUCUUUCUGUUCAUGAAUGGAUGCCUUUAUGUGAUAUAGAGUCAUGUGUGUAUGUGUAGCUUUAGGGGCAAUUUCAGAAAUGCAUUAGAUGAAUGACAUUUUAUAAAGCGAUCACAAUUGAUAUCUACAGGCUAUUAUGUCUCAUGUUGAUUCAUGAUCCAGGAAGUUUUAUGUAUUUAAAAAAUUGCUAUCGUGUUAUAUUUUUCCAAUUUUUGGAGAAGAAAAUAGCUGUUUAGGCUCUCUAGCCACAAUAAAUGUAAGCAGGAAA